AUGGGUCGGGAGUGCCGGCCCGGGGAGGCAGUGUUGUACCGUUCCAGAAUCAUAAUCAUCAAUAUGAACUACCAUGAUACUCCUGCACACGCCGCUAUUCAUCGCCACCCGUGCGUCCACCCCUGGAGGCAGUUCCUUGGACAUCUCUCAGAGGCCCUGGGAAGAGACAGCCAAUGGAAGAAGAGGGCAUGCGAGACAGUGGAGGGCCAUCACAAUGAUGAUGCAGAUGAUGAUGAUGGUGAUGCUGCUGAUACUGUGCCUCUGGGCCUAGAGAAUCUCAGAUCUUGGAGCCUCCCUAUUUUUGAGAGAUGCUUCCGAUGGUGA